AUGCCUGGCCGAACACUCCCGACCCUGCCUUCGGCACAGGUCGCUGCACAUAACACCUCCAAGUCUUGCUACGUAACGGUCGGAACCAAGGUAUACGACAUCACGCCUUUCCUCGAAGACCACCCCGGCGGCGCGGACCUGAUCUUGGACUAUGCGGGCAAAGAUGUCAAGGAAAUCAUGGAAGAUGAGAUUUCACAUGCUCACAGCGAGUCGGCUUGGGAAAUCCUAGAUGACCACCUCGUUGGAUUUGUCGCGACUGAGAAGGUACUGGACGCAGCAAAACAGAGCAAUGACCCCUUCAGUGUCUUGCCAAUGGAGCCGAACGCGAAGGGAAUGGAAGAUUUGGAGAGGACAAGCAAUGGCGCUGCGGAGGAAGUGAGGGCCAGAGACACUGUUGUUGCCAGUGGCAAUGAGGAAGCGGAAGAGCCCACGUAUGAGGCGACUGGCAUGAGCUCGGAAGCAGACCUGAACAAGGAGACGGAUGCGCGGUCAGACUACAAAAAGCACAAGUUUUUGGAUUUGGAUAGGCCGCUCCUGAUGCAGGUCUGGUAUGGUGGCUUCAGCAAGAAAUUUUACCUCGAGCAGGUACAUCGGCCACGUCAUUACAAAGGUGGUGACAGCGCGCCACUCUUUGGUAACUUCUUGGAGCCACUCUCCAAGACGCCAUGGUGGGUCGUCCCUACGUUCUGGUUGCCUCCGGUUGCCUACGGCACAAUCCUCGCCGCGAAGCACUUCAGCUUUCCAAUCCUCGCAUCAUACUGGCUGACUGGACUCUUCCUCUGGACGCUGGUGGAGUAUUGUCUUCAUCGGUUCCUUUUCCAUCUCGACGACUACCUUCCAGACAACAGAGUCUUCAUAACACUGCAUUUCCUGCUGCAUGGCAUACACCAUUAUCUGCCCAUGGACAAGCUGCGCCUGGUCAUGCCGCCGACGCUCUUCAUCGUUCUGGCCACUCCGUUCUGGAAGCUCGCGCACACUGUAUUCUCCUAUGACUGGUAUGCUGCGGUAGCUGUAUACUGUGGUGGGAUAUUCGGUUAUGUCUGCUACGACCUCACCCAUUACUUCCUACACCACAAGAAGUAAGUAAAAGCCUUCUUGCAACGACUGUUGAUGCCCUGCUGACUUUUGUAGCCUUCCGUCGUACUACCGCGAGCUCAAGAAAUACCAUCUCCAGCACCACUUCAUGGACUACGAAAACGGCUUCGGAGUCACAAGCCGGUUCUGGGAUACGAUAUUCGGAACUGAGCUCCCUCCACCCCCGGCGCCUCGCAGCAAGGUGCUCAAGACAGCAUAA